GAUGACGUCACGGAGGGGUCCUUCAUGAAGCCUGCCUGGCUGCACGUGAGAGUGUCCACAAGAUGCCUGCUCACUUGUAGACUGUGGCGACGAUUCUAGAGACUUUUUAUCGACAAAGGAAAAAAUGGCAACUGUUCGCAAGAAGGUUGACAACAGGAUUCGUGUGCAAAUAGAGAAUGGCGUGGCUCUGCAGCAUCGCACCAUGUUUGUGGUGGUGGGAGACCAAGGGAGGAAUCAGGUGGUGAUUCUGCAUCACAUGCUGUCCAAAGCCAGCGUCCGAGCACGGCCGUCUGUUCUGUGGUGCUACAAGAAAGAACUGGCCUUCAGCAGUAAUCGUAAGAAGCGGAUGAAGCAGCUGCAGAAGAAAAUCAAAACUGGCACCCUGAAUCUGAACCAGGAUGACCCUUUUGAGCUUUUUGUCGCCGCCACCAACAUCCGCUACUGUUACUACAACGAGACACACAAGAUACUUGGAAACACCUUCGGCAUGUGCGUCAUACAGGACUUUGAAGCUCUCACUCCCAACCUUUUGGCCAGAACUGUUGAGACGGUUGAAGGCGGUGGUAUCGUGGUCAUUUUACUACGCACCAUGAACUCACUUAAGCAGCUGUAUACAAUGACCAUGGAUGUGCAUGCCCGUUACAGAACCGAGGCCCAUCAGGAUGUGGUUGGAAGGUUCAAUGAGAGGUUCAUUCUGUCCCUUGCGUCUUGCAAAAACUGUGUGGUUAUUGACGACCAACUCAACAUUCUGCCCAUUUCCAGCCACAUGGCCAACAUCAAACCUGUUCCUCCAAAGACACAGGAGGACGGUUUGUCUCCACAAGAAGAGGAGCUGAAGGACCUGAAGGAGUCUCUUCAGGACACUCAACCUGUGGGAGUUUUGGUGGAGAAAUGCAAGACCAUGGACCAGUCCAAAGCAGUACUGAAAUUCAUCGAAGCCAUCUCAGAGAAGACACUCAGGAGCACCGUGGCUCUGACGGCUGCUCGUGGCCGUGGCAAAUCUGCAGCCCUGGGACUCGCUGUCGCCGGAGCCGUGGCUUUUGGCUACUCCAACAUCUUUGUAACCUCACCAAGCCCAGACAACCUCCACACCAUGUUUGACUUCAUCUUUAAAGGCUUUGAUGCUCUUCAGUAUCAGGAGCAUCUGGACUACGAGAUCAUCCAGUCGCUAAAUCCCGAAUUCAACAAGGCAGUUGUGAGGGUGAACAUCUUUAAAGAGCACAGGCAGACCAUUCAGUACAUCCAUCCGGGCGAUGCCGUCAAACUGGGCCAGGCUGAACUUCUGGUCAUUGAUGAAGCUGCAGCCAUCCCAUUACCGCUCGUCAAGAACCUUCUGGGACCAUAUCUGGUUUUUAUGGCCUCCACCAUCAAUGGCUAUGAAGGCACAGGUCGCUCCCUCUCCCUCAAACUGAUCCAGCAGUUGAGACAGCAGAGUGCAGACAGCCAGCAGAGCAUGUCCGCAGAGAACAGAAACACCAACACAGCCAGGCUAGCAGCAGCUCGUACUCUACAUGAAGUCAGCCUCCACGAAUCCAUUCGGUACGCACCAGGCGACGCGGUAGAGAAGUGGCUGAAUGACGUGCUCUGCCUGGACUGUCUGAACAUUCCCAGGCUCAUAACCGGUUGUGCACUUCCACAAACGUGUGAUCUGUAUUACGUAAACAGAGACACACUCUUUUGCUACCAUAAGGCAUCUGAGGUCUUCCUGCAGAGACUGAUGGCCCUCUAUGUGUCGUCCCAUUACAAGAAUUCCCCCAACGACCUGCAGAUGUUAUCUGACGCUCCGGCCCAUCAUCUCUUCUGUCUUCUGCCGCCUGUUCCUCCCACGCAGAAUUCUCUGCCUGAGGUCCUUGCUGUGGUGCAGGUGUGUCUCGAGGGAGAAAUAUCCCGACAGUCCAUCCUUAACAGUCUCUCCAGAGGGAAGAGAGCAUCGGGCGAUCUCAUUCCAUGGACUGUGUCAGAACAGUUCCAAGAUCCUGAUUUCGGUGGCCUGUCUGGAGGCAGGGUGGUGCGGAUCGCUGUGAACCCCGAAUAUCAAAGGAUGGGCUAUGGUUCGCGAGCGCUCCAGCUGCUGCAGAUGUACUACGAGGGCAAGUUUCCCACUCUUGAUGAGAACGACACCAAGAACAACGAAAUUACCUCAGUCAGCAGUGAGGCAGUCACGCUCCUGGAGGAGGUGGUUACUCCACGUAAGGAACUCCCGCCUCUCUUGCUGAAGCUGAGUGAGAGACCAGCUGAGCGACUGGACUAUUUAGGAGUCUCCUACGGCCUCACCACACAUCUGCUCAAGUUCUGGAAGAAAGCAGGUUAUACUCCAGUCUACUUAAGACAAACACCUGUAAGUUAUCUAUUUUUUUUCUCUUUCUACUUCUUAAGUCAACAAGAUAUGUUCCAAAAUGCACACUUCACCCACUCUGCUCUUUAAAGCAUUUUCCACCAC